AUGGAUAUCAGCAAGGCCUAUGAUAGACUUGAGUGGGGUUUCAUUCGGGAUAUGCUUCUUCGGCUGGGUUUUGCGCAACAAUGGGUUGCUUUGCUGUUCUCUUGUAUCUCCACUGUUCGUUAUUGGAUCCUGCAUUAUAGCAAGCAGUUAGGCCCUAUUGUUCCUACAAGGGGAUUGAGGCAAGGAGACCCCUUAUCGCCGUACUUGUUUAUUCUUUGUGCUGAGGGGCUUUCCCGUCUCCUGCAAAAUUAUGAUAGCUUGAUCUUCUUCCGAGCAAGUGUUCAGGAGGCUUUGGAACUCAAGCGUAUCCUUCACAUGUAUGAAAAGGCAUCUGGACAGGUGAUAAACCUUCAGAAAUCAUCUAUCUCCUUUAGUAGGUACACUCCUGUGGCUCUUCGGGACUCUGUAUGCUCAGUACUUCAGGUUGAGGAGAAACCAGAUUUUGAAAAUUAUUUAGGACUUCCUUCUCAUGUUGGGAAUAAUAAGAGGGAAGUAUUCAGUUUUGUUAAGGAUAGAUUGUGGAAAAGGCUGAAUUCUUGGAAGCAUCGGGCACUGUCUCAAGCAGGUAAGGAGGUUCUCUUGAAAACAGUCCUCCAAGCUUUGCCAAACUAUGUGAUGAGCUUAUUUUUACUUCCUCAGAUUCUUUGUGAUGAACUGCAACGCAUGAUGACUAGAUAUUGGUGGAGUAAGGGCGCGGAUCAAAAUCGGGGUAUUCAUUGGCUGGGUUGGCACAAAAUGGCAAAGCACAAAUCUGAUGGCGGGCUAGGUUUCAAAAUUCUUCAUAAGUUUAACUUGGCCAUGCUUGGGAAGCAGAGCUGGCACAUUAUCAACAGGCCUCAGUCCUUAGUGGCUCGUGUCCUUAAGGCCCGCUAUUUUUCAACACAAUCUUUCUUUGAAGCUCCUUUGGGAAGUAACCCUAGUUUUUUGUGGCGCAGCAUAUGGGAAACUCGAGGUCUGAUUCGAGCUAGGGCUUACUGGAGGAUUGGGAAUGGUCAGUCAGUUUCAGUCUGGGGGCAACCUUGGUUGAGAGAGCUGCCUGAGUCCCUGGUUUCCACAACCCCUCCUUUGAACUGUGCUAAAGUUGUUGUUUCAGAUCUCAUAAUUAACCACAGAUGGAACGAGAGUUUAAUUGCACAGAUGUUCAACGAAAGAGAUAGAAGUUGUAUUUUGAACAUCCCUCUUAGUCUUUCAUCGUGUUGUGAUACAUGGUGCUGGAAAUUCGAGUCCAAAGGUCACUAUUCGGUUAAGAGUGCAUAUAGGUUCCUGGUUGAUGGCUUUCAACAUAGGGAAGGGAGCGAGAUAUGGAAAAGGUUCUGGAAAGCUAAGUGCCCUUUUGCCCGCAGCUGCUGGUUAAGCUCGCCGUUGGGUUGGCCUGCGCCUUCUGCAUCUUCUUUAAAUGAGUGGUUUUCUUUAGCCUUCUCUUCUGCUUCUGUGGAAAAUGCCUCCCUUAUGCUAAUGAUCUUAUGGACUUUGUGGCAAAAUAGGAACAAUGUUGUAUGGAAGGGCCAGGGUCAGACUGCGAGUGGUGUGUUCUUCAUGGCUCUGAAUUUUUUGCAGCAAUGGAAAGCAGCCCGGGUCGUGUCCUCAGUAAGCACCAUUGUCGACCCGGCUCGCCCGAUCUGGUCUCCUCCGCCGCACGGUUGGAUCAAGGCGAACAUUGACGCCUCUUUAAGCUUGCAACGAGGUUCGGUAGGUUUCGGUUGUGUAAUCCGGAAGGAUGAUGGGAGUUUUGUGGCUGCUAGAGCAGGCUCCUUUUAUAGCCAGAUGGAUGCAAAGUGUGCUGAAGCUAUAGCAUUCCGGGAAGCAUUGAGCUGGAUUAAAGAGUGUGGAUGGGAUCAAAUUCUUUUCGAAUUGGAUGCUCAGGUCAAGGAGUUUGGAUUGAUAUUCCUCUUCCUCAUAUUGUUUCUUUGUUCUCUUUAA